AUGAGGCCUCUCGACCGCCCACGGCGUUGCCGACCGCGGGUCCGACUCGCUUGGGUGACUUUGUGCCUGGCCGCCGAGUGGGCUCUGCAAACUCAUGGUGGAGAAAUAUCCUUACUGGUCUCACAACCAAACAUCAAUAGUUCGGUGGCUGAGAACGUUUUGCUGUCAGUGGCCUAUACUGGUGAGACAAACCCANACUGGCGUUAUGCCAAUAUAUCCAGCGCUUACAAAGACAGAGUGAGCAUUUAUGAAAAUGGCUCUCUGCAGCUGCUGAAGGUGGACUUUAAAGAUUCCGGUUAUUACUUAGUCACGGUGAGAGACGAGUUGGGAAUCAUCCUUUAUGGCACCAUCCUGUUGAAUGUUUAUGAAAUUCUCUAUGAAGACUUGCAUUUUGUGGUCGUCUUCUUUGCCUUUCUCAUUGCUGCGUCCGCUGUCCUGAUCUGCUUGAUGUGGUUAUGCAAUAAAUAUGUGCACUUUCUGCAAACAGAGAGGCAGCAACUCAGAGUAAGCGAAACUGAAGAGACAGAGCUUCAAACAAUGGGGUGUUAGCUGUACAAUACUGUAACAUAGACACAAAUCAGUUUUCUACCUCAAGAAGAAGCAAAGCAUGAAAAACACGAUUGGUAAACAAAAGACCGAGCAUAUCCAUUUUGUCAAACACUGUUUUCUGAAGCAGAAAAGGCACCAGGUCCGUGAAGGUGAUACACAGAAGGUUUGAGAAAUGCUGUCCUUUCCACAUCAUAAUUUAUAAUGGACUCAU